GAAACUUGGUACUGAGGACUGUCAGUGCUUGGAACCUUGGUGAUGAUAAUGGCUGGUUUGUAAGUUUUUGUUCUUUUUCACGCUGUUGAGAUAUAGGUAGAUGGAAAUUGCUCGUAUUAUCAUGAUGAUUUCUAGAUUACAGAAUUAAUUGGUGAAAAACCAUCAUAACUACGCUUAUAGAUCGAAUUUGUUCAUGGAUUCCUUGGCUAGUGCCUUUUUGUAAAUGGCCCUCUUACUUGGUAAGUAUGUAAUGUUAAAUGGAGUCACCAAGCACGCGUAGUAAAGUUUCAUAGUCAUCACGGUAAAAGAAAUAUCUCGAAGCGGUAAUGUUUCAGUAAAAAAUUCCAGAGCCGUGAUUUAUCUAUAUACGAGUACCAUUCAUUGAUAAAUCUAGCAUAAAAAAAAUCUUCCAUUCUAACACCCCCCUUUUUUUCCUCGCAAGAACCAAUCGCCGAACCUAGGGUUUCGAUGGCAUAUCUUCCGCCGGAAAUCCUCGAGCAAAUACUGAUAAGAUUGAAGGUGAGGGAUCUGAUCCGAUGCAAAUCUGUGUGCAAGUCUUGGUUAUCUUUGAUCUCUGACCCUUGUUUUAUCAAGGCCCAUCUAAAGCAUAGCUAUGAGCGUGAUCGCAAUGAUGAAAAAAUUGGAGAAAGGAGAAUUGUUAUGUCUAAAUAUCGCGGUUUCAAUAUCUAUGAAACGUUUGAUGUUGAUGAAGGGUUGUAUGACUUUUAUAAGCUCCAUAUGCUCGGAUCUUCUGAUGGUCUGGUAUGCGUCUCCCCUUCCGAUAAUGAAGUUCUAGUAGUUAAUCCUUCAACUAGAGAAGUUAAAAAACUAACUACUCCCCAAAUUCCUGAACCCGGACAUCUGUGCUGGGGAUUUGGUUAUGAUGCAUCCACAGAUGAUUACAAGGUUGUAUUAGGGUCUAUGAUACGUGAGAAACUAACGUAUUUUCAAGUGUUUAGUUUGAGAUCUAAUACGUGGAAGGUUAUUGGAUGGAUAGAUUAUAUUUUCCUAAGUAGGAUGGGUAUCUUAUGCGAGGGGGCGCUUCAUUGGCUUGCAUAUCGCCCUUCAUCUGGAAUUAAGUAUGCAAUUCUUUCUUUUAGUUUGUCCGAGGAGAAGUUUGUGGAAAUCCCCCAACCUGUUGAUGUGAGCUACCAGUCUCGUCUUGGUCAACAAUCAUGUAUGCGUUUGGGGACUAUCGAAGGUUGUUUAUGCGCAUUUCGAUAUGAAAAUCUUCCAAAUGACAUAUGGGUAUUGAAGGGGAACAACGGGAAGCAGUCUUGGGAGAUAUUUAGAUCUGAACGUGAGGUUAAGCGCGAAGUUGUGCACACCAUAAAACAAUUGAGGUAUUACAUUCCAAAUAAAAAUACUUUUUGCUAUGAACCAUAUGUACUCCGAAGUGCAGUGUUUCUUGGGAGCUCUACAUUUGUAGAAAGUCUGGUAUCUCCCCAUUUUCACAGGAGACCAAGGAGGAGGCAGGCAGCGAAUACCAUGAGGCGUUCUCGGGUGAAUUCAAAUAAUUACGGGUAUGAUGUUCCCCCUGCCGAUGACGGUUCCAUUUCUGGUGCCGGUGCACAGAGUUCGAUGAUGUAGAAGCUGUCAAGUUGACAGAGCCUUGCCAUGUUAACCUUCCUUGCUGCUUUUGAAAACCCUUGCUCUUGGUUUUUGUGUGUUUAAAGAUUUUCAAAGUGUGUUAUAAAGAUUGUUACUUUGUUGAACCCUUGUGUUUGUGCUUGAUGGUAUUAAGCCCUUUGC